CUCGAAAAGACAAACCCCCAGAACCCCGUCUUGAACGUCGAUGAUGAGGAAUUUUUACACAGGAUAACCAGUCAAGAAGCUCCAGCACCGCCACUGCCUACCAUCGAACCUACAGUCAUUGAUGACGAAGGCAAUGAAAAGCAGGCUGAUGUGACGCAAAAGGAAGCUGCUGAAAUGAUUCUGCCCGCGAGUCCUGGUGAAGAGAAGGGAAAGAGGACGUGGGCGAGCUAUAUUCCGAAUGUCGGUGUGCCGAGUGUGCCGGCGAUUCCUGCUAUGCCAUCGUUGGCUUCGUUGAGGGGGCAGAAGGGAGUGAAGGCCGAGGAUAGCGAGACCAAGACAGAGGCUGUCACAGAAGAAAAGGACGCAUCUGUUGAGGAGCCUGCUGAGGCUGCUGCACAAAACGAUGAGAGUGAAGCAGCAGACAAGCUGAGGCUACCAAGGAGACCACCCAUGAGACCAAGGACGAGCUCACCAACGACUCGAGACCGUACGCAGAAGCCGCGNACUGGCAAGGAGCCCGAAGACACACCCCAAGAAGACACCACAUCGAAGCCUGAAGCCGGAUCGAACGAGGCCGUGUCAAACGACGAGGCCGACAACAAGGACGAGACCAGCGACAUCAAGAAUGCACCGACAGACNNACCAAGGACGAAAAGGCCGCCGAAUCCUCCCAGCGCACCUGGGCCUCCUAUAUCCCCGCCGUUCCAACUUUCGGCCGCACCAACAAAGCCCAAGACGCAGCCGAAGCAGCGGCCGCCUCCCAGACCCCCGAAGCCAAAAGAACAAGAUGAACGCGAAGUCUCCGUCCUGCUCGACCGCCUCAACCUCUCCGCCAUAAACAACCGCGUCUUCAGUUUCAGCGACCAAUCUCAACGCCUCUACUCCGAAUUCACUUUGAUCCUCAAGGACAUCGUUAACGGCGCACCCACAGCAUGGGACGACCUAGAAACUCUACUCAAGGAGAACGAAAAACACCUCGAGCAAAUGUUUAAGAACAUGCCUCCAUUCGUGCAGACGUUGGUCAAGAGUCUACCCUCCAAAUUUGCUACAUCCAUGGGACCAGAGAUCAUGGCAAUGGCGGGCGACAAACCCGGCAACGAUUUGAAGAAACAAAUGGAAGCCGCCAGCAACGUUGCCUCCUCCUCUACUUCUGCAGCCAACAUGCCCAACCUUGACCUCAAGAAGAAGCAAAAGAGAAAAGUGCCAAACAUCAAAGACUUGGCUUCCCAAAAAGGCACCGUUACCACCAUGUUGACCAACAUUGUCAAUUUCCUCAAAGUCCGGUUUCCGGCCUUUGUCACUGGAACGAAUGUAGUGAUGAGUUUGGCCGUGUUUAUCCUACUCUUCGUCUUCUGGUACUGCCACAAACGCGGCAAAGAAGUCCGUAUGCUCAAAGCAUCAGAAUCUGCGAGACAAUCAGCCAACGUCUCUGAACUCGAAGCUUCGUCCUCGGAAGACGAAGAUGAAAAACAACAAGACACCAAAGAAACAGAAUCGGAGACGGUGGAUGAAAGACAGGAAUCCGCGCAAGUGGAAGCAGAGUCUGAUACCGAAGACGUCAAGAUUGCCAAUGCAAAGGAAUACGCGGCUGCUAUGCGUAGAGCUACGGUNGGGGGACCCGAUAACGCUGCUGCGCUGAGGGCGAAGAAGAUUUUGGAGUCU